AUGUCGGCAGAAACAAGCCCUUUGAUGGGCUUCAAACCUUUAUCUCCAUCGAGAGAAUCUACAUUCAGCAGUCCCGCCGACCCUUCAUCAGCUAGGAUGAAGAUAUUAGUGGCACCUUAUUAUAGUCCUUACGUUGUGUCAUUGGAGAAAGUUCAAACCUGGGAGGGUUUAAUAUUAAUGCUUCAACGCCUAUUUGGACCGACAUUUUGUUCUUUGGAUAUUCCGCCAACGAUCACCCUGCACACAACAGAAGAAGCUAUAACAGCGGAGAACUGGAUUCACAUUGUGUGUGAGGAUUGCUGUAUUGUUGUUCAUACAAGAUCAGAGGAUACCGGCCCUAGUCCCAGUCAACAAGUAUCACCGAGACCGGCAACAUCCGGCUCGAUGACAGCGCGAGUGACACCGAAGUCGAGGGAUGGGACAAGGAAUGAUAUAUCGGGUCCUAUAUCGGGGCCGACAUCAGGCGGGUAUAAGGAACAGAAAGCGAAAUUUAUUAACCGACAUGCGAAUUCUGGGUUCGACACUCCAAAUUUGUUCGACGGUCGGAAUUUUACACCAGAGGAGCCGGUGAAGGAGAAACCGGCUAAGAGGAAGAGGAGAGGCACAUUAUGGAAUACCGUCCUGAAUGUGAUUAGCAUUGUGAGCCCGACAUCAAGUUCGAGCUCAAACCAAACGACUCCAGUAGAGCCAAUACCGACAAUUGGAACUGUUACGCACAUUUCUGCAGUGGAAAGGAAAACUUCAAGAAAACUAAGCCAGAAGAGAAGGGUGAAGAGCAAGCGAUCGAGUGUUAUUAUGCAGGCACCAGCGACCACAACUGCUACCGGCCGACCACUUUCGAUGGCAAGAGAACCACGGGAGCCUCUCAAGCCUAAAUUUUCAGCUGGAAACAUCAUGAGGUUAGCUUCCAAGAGACAAAAAAAGAGACGCUCUAUUCCGCCACCAGCUCAGCAUGUACGACGACACAUUGCUAAGUCCGGAAGCGAUUGUUCUACAUGCUUCGGUGACGACAAGAACCGAGAUUCAAUUAUAGUUGCAGCUCGACUUGCAUCGGACCCAAAGGCUCCGAUUGUGACAACCGGCAUCGCUCCAGUCUCGUCUACUCCUUCUCCCAGGUCGAGGGAUAACACAAAAUUAACCAUCUUGGAGCGUCCCGAGAAGACCGAUUCCAUUACUAUUUUCAGCUCCCCGAUUAUCGAAGAAUUCUCUCUUCAACCAAAAAAUAAAUUCCGCCCUCCAAGUUCCGCAGCAGCCACUAAGACGUCAUCAAUUUACUACGAAAGUUCUGCCCCUCCAGUCCCAAGGCGAGACUCUCAAGAUGACACAGGCUUCAACUCACAAUACAAGCUUCUGGAUGAAAGGCUUGUAAGAAGUGUAGUCUAUAAAGCUGUCGCUUCCCGAAAAGUAGAGGAAGAACAACGGCGGGAGCAACCAUCUGCUAGGUCUUCUCAUCGAUCUGAAGCUAGCGGUAAAUCGCUUCAUAGUUCAAAGUCUCAGAGGGCUCCACAGAGAACUCCAAGCUCGGAUAGACACCAAAACACACGCUCAACUACAGCCACUCCCAAGAGGAGCAAGUCUAUGGGUGCAGGAGCACUCAGCUCCCCGAGCUUGUCUGCUCGCAGGUCCGCUGCACCGACCCCAUCUUCGACUUCGAGAUCGGGAUCAGCGAAUGCCACAAUCGAUUCUUACUACAAUACAAAACACUCCAGCACAGGAAGCCGGGCAGGAACAGUUCGAUCCAGCGGAUCGCGUGCUAGUUCUUACGGCGGGUUCGUCCGACAAAGCACCCCGUUUGAUAACAAACCCCUCCCGAGACUUCCUGAUGAAGCUGCGGCAUCAAGCUCGACCGAAAGCGGCCGCCGAACCGCCUCUCCAACACCUGGCGGCAUUAUCUUAAUGCCUCCAAUCGCUACUUUCGAAGAUCUCAUGAGCAAGACAAGCUCUACUAUUUCAGAAUCCGUAGAAAUCAAUUCGUACAAGCGAGUAACAAUGGUGGCUGGCCAUCCCGAGUUACAAUAA